UGAUUAGCACCACACACUCAUACAGGUCCAGCUUGAGUGAAGUGGCUUUGAGCUGCGGCGUCUGUGAGACGGAUUGUGUCAUAAGUAUGAUUUGGGAUCAUGUCCAGAAAUGCCACUGCUGUCAUUCGUCUUGGAGCCGUGCAUCGUGCAUUGGUUUGCCUCAGAGCGGCACAUCAGGUUCCCAGAACAAAUAUUGUCUGAGAUGAGUCACAGCCUGAGUAAUUAGAAAUGGCGUCUUCCUGAGUCACGGGUGUACGUCUGCCACUCUAUUACGGAGUCAUUGGAUUAUGUUCAUUGAACAACACACACCCUCACAAUGGGCAAACAGCAACAGCGGUGUUGCUGUACCGCUGACAACGGCGAUGGAAUGGAUGAUGUCGGAAGUACAGGGCACUGUGGAGUUCUCACUGGAGUUGCACAAGUUUCACAAUGUGGAUCUCUUCCAGAGAGGCUUCUAUCAGGUGAGGGCAGGUCUACGCGUGUCUCCUCGGGUUCCCCACAGAAUCACUGCCACAACACCUGGAUACACAG